UUCCCCAACGAGCUGUACUGCUCUUCCCUUCGAUCCUGUUCUUUAAUUAUUCAAUCAUACAAAUCCUAGCUCUAGACAUCUCCAUCCGUGCCACUCCGCCACUAUCCCCAUCAUGUCUGAAAGCCGUCGCGAAAGAAGACCUUCCGUGGGAGCUCCAGUCUCCAGUCUUCAAGGUCCAAUUGGCCCUGGGUUCAGUCGUCCAAAACACAAGCGCAACUAUACUGGGUUUGGAAGGGCAGAGAUCAAAAAUGUCGAGGCCAGCAUUCCCGAGGCGCUGAGGGAGGCAUGGUUGAAACAUUCUGCGAAUGGCUUUGCGAACAAAGAUGAGUUUGAAGUAUGCAACAUCUGAGCCACUUUGGAUAAGUUGGGAUAUUUUGCUUAUCCUCGAGACAGCACGAAUUGAUUCGCCAUGUGGAAACAACCCUAGCACGCUCUCUAUAUAAUUGCGAUGAAUUGGCUGCAUA